UCGCUCGCUGCGGAGGAUCCUGCUACCUUCGGCUCUCACGAUUAAUCACGGGGAUGGUGUUGACAGCGACAGGCGACGGACGGCCGUUGGAGCGGGUCUGAAUAGAUGACAGGGGUCGGCUGAUAUUCCCAGCACACAGGUCCGACAGCCAUCCUCCGAACCGGUCCUGUUUUUGGGCGGAAGGCCGAGAACAGCGUCCAACAUUACCGAUGGAAUUCCCAGUCCUGACUAGAUGGAGAAACCGAAAGGGUGGACUGCUUCUAAAUAAUUAAAACCAUUUGGCUGCUAAAAUAAUAUCAGGAAAAUGCAUCUGCACCAGGUGCUGACGGGAGCUGUAAACCCUGGAGACUGCUGCUAUUCGGUGGGAAGCGUCAAUGACAUCCCUUUCACGGCUUAUGGCUCAGGUUGUGACGUUGUGAUUUUGGCCAGUGACUUCGAGUGUGUGCAGAUUAUCCCCGGAGCUCAGAAUGGAAACAUACAGGUGGGCUGUGUGGAGUGUUCCCUCCAGCUGGGCAGGAUCGCUGCAUCCUACGGAAACACAGUCUGCAUCUUUGAACCUCUUUCUACCAACCCAAACAAACGCCACAAGCAGCUUAACUAUCAGUGGCAGAAGACGGGACAGUUCUUCCUGGACGCCAUCACCUACAACCUGGCCUGGGAUCCACAAGGGAACCGUAUCCUAGCAGCCACUGAGCGACUCCAGCUGUGGGCUCCUCCGCUAACGGACACCCUGAUAGAGGAGGAGGACGGACAGACGGCCGAGGACAACCCCCACCCCGUCCUCAACGACUGGAACUGUGUGUGGCAAUGCAAAACCGCUGCUUCUGUCCACGUCGCCAAGUGGUCACCUGAUGGAGAAUACUUUGCAUCCGUUGGGAAGGAUGACUGUUUACUCAAAGUGUGGUACCCCACCACUGGAUGGCGCUCUGCCGUGGUGGUCCAAGACCCGACUGACAAAAAGCCUCUGCCCGUUCACUUUUCCUUUGUUUACCUGGCACAUCCACGAUCGGUCACCGGAGUGUCCUGGAGGAAGACCAGCAAGUACAUGGCCAAGGGUUCUGUGUGCAAUGUUCUGCUGACGUCCUGUGAGGACGGCGUGUGCAGGCUGUGGUCUGAAACCCUCCUACCUGAGGAUAGUCUGCUGGGGGGGCAGAUCUCUGAGAACACACACUCCUUCAGCUCCAGCUUGCCAGGCCUGGGAGGGAAUAAGGACAAGAUCCAGCACGCCUUGGAGUCGAUCCACCACCUGAAGCAUCUGCGGCGUGGGCGGCGGCGGUCCUCUGCUCUGGUGGCUCACAGCGAACUGCUGCCGUCUCAGCUGGGAACGCACGAUGGACACACCCACCGCCACAUCGCUCACCACGCCAACGCCCUGUGUCACUUCCACAUCUCAGCCAGUAUCAACCCCAACACAGAUAUCCCAUCGGUCCUAGCUGAUUCUGCUGCGUUCAACCCAGACGAUGGCACCGGCGGCGGAGGCUUCGUGGUCCACUGGCUCAACAAUAAGGACCUCAGCUUCACCUCAUCUAUGGACCUGUUCAUGCUACAGCUUCGCAAGUUCUCCGAACAACAGCUGGACCAGACUACUGACGACGCUCUGGACCCUGAAGGAUCCCCCAUGAAGUUCGACUUUGACCUGGAUGAGAUGUCAGACAAAGCGUCUUCAGAACACGGUGAAGACAUGGAACCGGGGGAACAGGGCAGUACCAAAGCCUCGUCUCCAGGGUCCAGCUCCAGCAUGCCUCUGCCCUCAAUGCUGCUGGAGAGGAAGAUGGAGAUCCUGACCACGGAGUGGAACAAGAGUCCGGACAUGCUGUUCACCAUCCACCCGGCCGACGGCUCCUUCCUGGUCUGGCACGUCAAGUACUUGGACGAAUUCAACCAGGGCAUUUUCAGACAGGUUCAGGUGUCCUUCUCCUCCCGUAUUCCUGUGGUUCCUACAGGUGAUGCCAACUCUCUGAAAAACAUUCUGAUGUAUGCGUGCACCAUGAUGGAAGGGGAGGGGGCGGGGCUGGGGGACCAGGGCAGAAUCAUCCAACGCGUCCCUCGUUCAGCCUCGGCCUCGGCCGGUCUCAGUUCGUUGAGCCUAGGCUCCGCCCCAUCCCACCCUUGCAUCAGCCCAGCGGUCAUGAUGGUCUCCAAGCACGUGGACGGGUCCCUCAACCAGUGGGCGGUGACCUUCGCUGAGCGCUCCGCCUUCUCCAACGUACUCACAGUGUCUCAUAAGUUCCGUUACUGCGGCCACCGCUUCCACCUCAACGACCAGGCCUGUCACACGGUGCUGCCUCUGCUGCUCACCUCCUCCCACCACAACGCCCUCCUCACCCCCCCUUCGGCGCCAGGGAGCCUGGAGGGAGAACAGCCGCCGACGUUCCCUUUACCGAAGGGACUCCCCAGGAAACAGCUUCGUAACGUAGCUACGAGGAUCCACGACCCCAACGCCAUCUACAGUGAGCUGAUUCUGUGGAGGGUGGACCACAUCGGACCUCUGUCCUGCACCGGGGGGGUCUCUGAACUAGCUCGCAUCAACUCCUUACACACCUCUGCCUUCAGUAACGUGGCCUGGCUCCCCACGCUGGUGCCCAGCACCGUCCUGGGUACCUACUGUAACAGCGCCAGUGCCUGCUUCGUGGCGUCAGACGGUAAAAACCUGCGUCUGUAUCAGGCUGUGGUUGAUGCCAGGAAACUCCUGGACGAGCUGUCGGAUCCGGAGACGUCUAAACUGGUUGGCGAAGUGUUCAACAUUGUCAGCCAACAGUCGACCGCCAGACCUGGAUGUAUCAUCGAGCUAGAUGUCAUUACCAACCAGUGUGGUGCCAAUACUCAGCUGCUGCACGUCUUCCAGGAGGACUUCAUCCUGGGGUACAAACCUCAGACAAAGACAGAGGCGUCCACCACAGCCUGUCCAUCUGGAGAAGACUACCAGCCGGCCCCGUUCUCUGAGAAAUUCUUCCUGGUGGUGAUUGAAAAGGACCUGAACAGGAACUCUGUCCUGCAGAUGUGGCACUUACACCUCAAGUCUGUCCAGGCCUGUAUGGAUGACCAGAUGAGUCCAGACUAUAGCUCCCACACUCAGCUGAUGGUCCCCAGUCAGACCAUGCAGGCCGAUUCGUCACCUGAGACGUCUCCAGUCAGACCUCUGCCGCGGUCGGCGUCCACGGCCAAUCUACAGUCGGCCAGUAAACUGAUCCUGAGCUCCAAGCUGGUGUACAGCAGACGGCUGGACCUUCCCCACGGGGUGGAGGUGACCAGGGCCACUCCAUCUGCAGGCCACCUGAGCUCCUCCUCCAUCUACCCAGUGUGCUUAGCUCCGUACCUCAUCGUUACCACAUGUUCUGACUCUCAUAUUCGUUUCUGGCGCUGCGCCGUGGAGGGCGAAGAGGGAUACGGCGACAACCAGCAGGACGGUCGCACCUACCGCUGGGAACCCUGGGUCCUGAUGAACGAGGAGGAGGACAACAACAGCGCUGUGAGCGUGUCGGGACGCCCGGUGGCCGUGUCCUGCUCCUACAUCGGCAGGUUGGCGGUGGCGUUCAAACAGCCGCGACUUGGACAGACUUCUGCUCAGGACUUCUCCAUGCACGUGUCCAUCUAUGAGUGUGAGUCCACCGGUGGUUCUGAGUGGGUGUUGGAACAGACCCUCCUCCUGGACGACUUCACCAGACGAUCGUCACCGCUGGAUCCCAGAGUCAGCAUCGACUCCAACCUGUUUGUCUACAGCAGGUCGGACCUGUACAUGACCAGGGACCACAGCUCCCCUAACAUCAAGCACUAUGUCCACCUGGACUGGCUGUCCAAAGAGGACGGCUCUCACAUCCUGACCGUGGGUGUUGGCUCCAACAUCCUCAUGUACGGACGAAUCUCUGGGAUGGUCAAUGAACAGACGAGCAGCAAAGACGGGGUCCCCGUCAUCGCCCUCCCCCUUGGAGGGAGCAUCAAACAGGGCAUUCGCUCCCGCUGGAUCCUGCUGCGCUCCAUCUACCUCCUGUCCUCAGUGGACGGCACCCCCUCCCUGCCCGUGUCUCUGUCCUGGGUGAGGGACGGCAUCCUGGUGGUGGGCAUGGACUGUGAGAUGCACGUGUACGCCCAGUGGCGUCAGGACAAGACGCUGGGCGAAGGAGAAGAAGGGAAUCUGUCGUCGGCGGACAUAGCAGGAGGUCAGAGUGGCUCCUCGGUGUUCGAAGGGAGAGCCCGGUCUAAGAGCGUCUUUGAAGGCACCACAGCCCCGGACGAGGCCCUCCGAGCUCCUGCGGGACUUCAGGAAGGGGGUCUGUUUGAGGCCGCCCACUCCCUGUCACCGACCCUCCCACAGUACCAUCCUACGCAGCUGCUGGAGCUCAUGGACCUGGGGAAGGUCCGCCGGGCCAAGGCCAUCCUCGCUCACCUGGUCAAGUGCAUCGCUGGUGAAGUUGCCGUGGUGAGAGAUGUGGAAGCAGGUGAAGGCGGAGCCAGGAGACACCUGUCUAGGACCAUCAGCGUGACCGGCAGCACGGCGAAGGACACGAUAGUAGCUGGUCGUGAAGGCGGCCGUGAUUACACUGAGAUCAACUCCAUCCCUCCGCUGCCGCUGUACGCGCUGUUGCUGGCUGACCUGGACACGUCCUAUAAAGGAGCAGAGGAGGCGGGCAAAGGGAGCAAAGCAGCGGACGGGGAGGGGCCACAGAAGUCCACCGACGACCAGUACGCCGACCUGUUUCAGACGCCAACCGUCACCACAGACGACUUUGUGAACUUUGCCACAGACAAACCAGAGAAAAAGUCCAGAGUAAUUAACCUGUCUCAGUACGGACCCACCUACUUUGGACCAGAACAUGCUCAGGUUUUGUCCAGUCACCUCAUGCACUCCAGUCUCCCAGGUCUCACCAGGCUGGAACAGAUGUUUCUGGUGGCUCUGGCCGAUACAGUAGCGACCACCAGCGCUGAAGUGAACAGCUCUGCAGAUAAACAGUACACAGGCGGAGAGGCUCUAGAUGAGUGCGGACUGAGGUAUCUGCUGGCCAUGCGUCUGCACACCUGUCUGCUCACCUCUCUGCCGCCGCUCUACCGCAUGCAGCUGCUGCACCAGGGUCUGUCCACCUGCCACUUCGCCUGGGCCUUCCACUCAGAGGCUGAAGAAGAACUGCUGAACAUGAUCCCAGCCAUGCAGAGAGGAGACCCCCAAUGGUCCGAGCUUAGAGCGGUGGGAGUGGGCUGGUGGAUCCGCAACAUCAACACUCUGCGCAAAAUGGUGGAGAAGUUGGGUAAAGCGGCGUUCCAGCGACACAGCGACCCCUUAGACGCUGCUCUGUUCUACCUGGCCAUGAAGAAAAAGGCCGUUCUGUGGGGACUCUUCAGGUCUCAACAUGAUGAAAAGAUGACUCAGUUCUUCAAGAACAACUUCACUGAAGACCGCUGGAGGAAAGCCGCUCUGAAAAACGCCUUCUCCCUUCUGGGAAAACAGCGCUUCGAGCAGUCCGCCGCCUUCUUCCUGCUGGCCGGAUCCCUGAAAGACGCCAUCGAGGUGUUGAUGGAGAAGAUGGAGGAUAUCCAGUUGGCCAUGAUAGUGGCCAGACUGUACGAAGCGGACUUCGAGAAGUCCUCCACCUGCCAAGGCCUCCUGUACGAGAAGGUUCUGGGCUGCAACAGGGAUGGGACCGCCUACCACUGUUCCAGACUUCACCCGGACCCGUUCCUCCGCAGCAUCGCCUACUGGAUCAUGAAGGACUACACCAAAGCCCUGGACACGCUGCUGGAACGCAUCCCCAAGGAGGAGGACGAGAACCCCGAUGUGAUGGUAAAAGCUUGUAACCCCGUGGUGUUCAGCUUCUAUAACUACCUGAGGACACACCCCCUGAUCAUCCGCCGCCACUUCGCUAACCCGGAUGGUACGGCGACAGCGGUGGGACUGACCGCAGAGAAGAGCAGCGCUGACGAGAUCAACCUCAUCGAGCGUAAACUGUUCUUCACCACUGCCAACGCACAUUUCAAGGUGGGCUGUCCAGUCUUGGCUCUAGAAGUACUUUCUAAAAUCCCCAAAGUCACAAAGAAGUCGGGUUCGUCGCCGCUCAGCAAAGCUUCAUCCAAGGCCAACGUCAACUCCAGCCAACCCCUGGAGAACGGCACCCAGGGUCUGGAGUGGGCCGUCCCAGCAGCCCCCGCCUGGGGAAAUGACGACAGCGGGGGGGGCGGGUUGGACUGGAGUCAGCCCAUGAUCAAGGUAGAGGAGGACGAGCUGAAACUGGACUGGGAAGAGGACAAGGAGGAGGAGGACGAGGAGGAGGAAGAAGAUGGUCUGACCAUGAAGAAACUGCAGACGGAGAACAAAUCAGACAGAGGAUCAAGGGGGGGGGGUCCCAAACUGACGAGGGAGGAUUCACAGGGGGAGUCGGAGGUGGAUGUCAUAGCGGAGCAGCUGAAGUUCAGGGCCUGUCUGAAGAUCCUCAUGACCGAACUGCGAACGCUGGCCACAGGCUUCGAAGUGGACGGAGGGAAACUGCGCUUUCAGCUCUACAACUGGUUGGAAAAAGAGAUCGCAGCCAUGCACAACAUCUGCAACUACAAGGUGGAGGGGAAGGAGGAGGAGUCAGAGGCGGAGCCCUGGGGGGAGCGUUCGUCGUCUGUGGACCUGCCGGACGAGGCCCUGGAGCGAACGGACGCAGGAGCCUACGAACGUCACCAGAUGGAGCGGCGGCGUCUGCAGGCCAAGCAGCAGCACUCAGAGCGACGCAAGGCGUGGCUGAGGAAGAACCAGGCGCUGCUGCGGGUGUUCCUGUCCUACUGCAGCCUGCACGGCGCCAAAGGGGGAGGAGUCACAUCUGUACGCAUGGAGCUGCUCUUCCUCCUGCAGGAGAGUCAGCAGGAGACCACAGUGAAGCAGCUCCAGUCUCCUCUUCCUCUUCCCACCACUCUUCCUCUGCUCUCAGCCUGCAUCGCUGCCACUAAGACAGUCAUAGCCAAUCCAGUCCUCCACCUCAGCAACCACAUCCACGACAUCCUCCACACCAUCACCCUCAUGGAGGCUCCACCUCAUCCCAACGUCAUCGACGACCGGGUCAAUGCUCUGCACACACUGGCAGCAUCUCUGUCCGCCUGCAUCUACCAAGCCCUGUGUGACAGCCACAGCUACAGUAGUCAGACGGAGGCCAAUCAGUUCACAGGGAUGGUUUACCAAGGCUUGUUGCUCAGUGAGAGGAAGCGCCUCCGCACAGAAAGCAUCGAAGAACACAUUACUCCGAACUCUGCUCCUGCACAGUGGCCAGGCGUGUCAUCCCUCAUCUCCCUGCUGACGUCCUCCAGGGAGGAGGACCAGCCCAGACUCAACGUGCUGCUGUGCGAGGCCGUGGUGUCGGUGUACCUGUCCCUCCUCAUCCACGGCAUGGGCACCCACAACAGCAACGAGCUGUUCCGCCUGGCCGCGCACCCCCUCAACAACCGCAUGUGGGCCGCCGUCUUUGGAGGUGGGGCCAAACUCAUCAUUAAGCCAAAGAGGCCUGAGGCUCCACCAGCCGCGCCCCCACAGCCCCCACCAGAGGACGCGGACCGAUACAGACGGAGGUUCAACAUGAGGAUGCUGGUUCCUGGACGUCCAGUGAAGGACACCCCGGCCACGCCCCCUCCUGUCCCCACAGAGAGACCCGCCUACAGGGAGAAGUUCAUCCCACCAGAGCUCAGCAUGUGGGAUUACUUUGUAGCCAAACCUUUCCUUCCUCUGUCUGACAGUAACGCCCUGUGUGACUCAGAUGAAAGUGGUGCUGAAGAUGAAGACGAUGAUGAUGAUGCUUUCCUGUCAGACACUCAGAUGACUGAACACCUGGAUCCCUGCUCCUACAGCUGGGCUCUGAUCCGCCUCGUCAUGAUCAAACUGGCUCAUCACAAUGUCAAGAACUUCCUGCCUCUGACCGGUCUGGAUUUCACAGAACUUCCGGUCACCUCUCCACUCUGUAAUGCCGUGGUGAAGACUUUGGAGAACUGGGAACAGCUUCUGUUGGAGCAGAUGAAUAAGUUUGAUGGUCCGCCUCCAAACUACAUCAACACCUACCCCACCGACCUGAGCGCAGGAGGGGGCCCCGCCAUCCUCCGACACAAGGCCAUGUUGGAGCCUGACAACACCCCCUUCAAGACAAAGAACCAUCAGUCGUUUCCCGCUCGACGUCUGUGGCAUUUCCUGGUGAAACAGGAAGUCCUUCAGGAGACUCUGAUCCGUUACAUUUUUACCAAGAAACGGAAGCAGAGUGAGUCUGUAGAGAACCAUAUGGACCAUAUAAGCCCAAACUGCACAGCAGGAGCUGGCAGUGUCAACAAGGUGGAGGCAGAUCUCGGAUACCCAGGAGGAAAAGCUAAAAUCAUUCACAAGGAGUCCGACAUAAUCAUGGCGUUUGCCAUCAAUAAGGCGAACUCCAACGAGAUCGUUUUGGCCUCCACUCAUGAUGUCCAGGAGGUGGACGUGUCCACUCUGGUGUCCGUCCAACCUUUCACAUGGAUUGGGGAGGACUUCGACAAGGAGUCCCGCAGCUCCGAUGACGUCGACUAUCGUUCUUCUCACACCAACAUCGCCCAGGCCAGUUCUGUCCCGUUUGCGCCACCACAGAUGCCGGUCUCUGCGUCAAUGCCUUGGCUCGGUACCGGACAGACCAGCAUGGGAGCCAGUGUGAUUAUGAAGAGGAAUCUGAACAAUGUGAAGAGGAUGACGUCCCACCCCAUCUAUCAGUAUUACAUGACCGGGGCUCAGGACGGCAGCGUCAGGAUGUUUGAGUGGAACCGACCUCAGCAGCUCAUCUGUUUCAGACAAGCAGGAAACGCUCGAGUCACCAGGCUCUACUUCAACUCCCAGGGCAACAAAUGUGGCGUUGCAGAUGGGGAGGGCUUCCUGAGUCUGUGGCAGGUCAACCAGACGUCCUCCAACCCUAAACCGUACCUGAGUUGGCAGUGUCACACUAAGACCUGCGGGGACUUUGCGUUCAUCACGUCAUCCAGCCUGAUCGCCACGGCGGGACAGUCCAACGACAACAGGAACGUCUGCCUUUGGGACACUCUCAUCUCCCCCAGUAACACUAUGGUCCAUGCAUUCCCGUGCCAUGAGAACGGCGCCACGGUGCUCCAGUACGCCUCCAAGCAGCAGCUGCUCAUCACCGGAGGCAGGAAGGGCUACGUGUGCGUGUUCGACAUCCGCCAGAGGCAGCUGCUCCACACCUUCCAGGCCCACGACUCAGCCAUCAAGGCCCUGGCUUUGGAUGCCUUCGAGGACUUCUUCGUCACUGGAUCAGCAGAGGGCAACAUGAAGGUGUGGAAGUUGUCCGGCCACGGGCUCAUGCACUCCUUUAGCAACGAACACGCCAAGCAGUCCAUCUUCCGCAACAUUGGGGCGGGCGUCAUGCAGGUGGAGACCCGACCCGGAAACCGCAUCUUCACCUGCGGCGCUGAUGGGACCCUGAAGAUGAGGGUCCUGCCCGACCGCUACCACAUCCCCAGCAGCCUGGUGGAGGUCCUGUAACACCACCCACGUCCACGUCCGAGGAACAAAGACACUUUGGAGAAGGAAAACAAAAGGCUUACGCAAAACACCCGCAAAGGCGUCGUUAGAGUUAGAACGGACGGGGAUGAGGCGGUUCCAACGGCGGCUUCGGCCUCCGUCAGGUGUGUGCGCGGUGUUGGCGUAAGCGUAACCACGACGACACAAACGGAGCUGCAAAUAUUUUUUUUCCCAAAGGCUGAAAGCAAAGUUACAAGCAAAAGGUAUAAUACUUGAUUUUAAAGCUAGAUUUAUUGUAAUUUUAUUGAAAAAUCUCUAAUCUUAGAGUGUGUCUAUAGGGAAGCUAUGCAUGUCCUGUUCUCGUUCGCGGUGCAAUCACAGGUCUAUUGAUAGUGCUCUGUAAAAGUGAUCAAGCGAAACUUUUAAAGUGUGUAACUGUUGUCAUUUUGUGCCCAAAGCUGAAUCUGUUAGCAUCUACUGUAACCAGCACUGUGCUCUGUUCCAAUCAGUGGGUCCCAGUGUCAGUCCGCCCGCCCGCCCGCCCAGGUGGAAGCUGCUUUUUCUUUCAAUGGUUUUGACACCCCCCCCCCCCCCCCCCCC